UUCAGCAUGCAACUGUGCUGUAGGCACCUCAGUGUGCCCCUCUUCACAGCACAAACAGAUACGUUUGGAAAUGGAUUUGGAGGAGACCUACAAAGAGGGAAAGAGCACAGAGGGGAAAAUUACUCGAGCUGAAGCUGCGAAGUUGGUGAAAAAAGCUUUUCUUGAAGCCCUGAAGUCCAACGACUUUGAAACACUGGAAGAGCUCUUGAGCCAAAAGAAAAUAGACGUGGACACAGUGUUUGAAGUCGAAGAUGAAAACCUGGUUCUGGCAUCCUACAAACAAGGGUACUGGCUUCCCAGUUACAAAUUAAAAAUAUCCUGGGCAACUGGACUUCAUCUAGCUGUCAUGUAUGGACAUCUGGAGAGUCUUUCAGUCCUCCUCAAUCACAAAGCCACAAUCAACUGCCGGCCCAAUGGAAAAGCUGCCAUCCACAUAGCCUGUGAAACAGCAAAUGUUGAGUGCCUCAAGAUCCUUUGCAACCAUGGAGCGAAGCUGAACUGCUUUUCAAUGAGUGGGCAGGCGCCCUUGCACUUCUGUACCACACGAACCUCCAUGCCUUGUGCCCAGCAGCUGCUUUGGAGAGGAGCAAAUGUGAACAUCAGAACCAACAACAAGGACGAGGAGACUCCUCUGCACGUCGUCGCACGUUUGGGUGUCCCAGAGCUCGUGGCCUUUUACGUGGAACAGGGAGCACAGGUAGAUGCUCUCAAUGCCUACAUGGAGACUCCCCUGGCCUGUGCAGCCUACUGGGCCCUUCACUAUAAGGAUCAGAUAUACAGCCAGGAUCACCACCUCAUCUGUCGGAUGCUGCUGGACUAUAAAGCUGAAGUGAAUGCUCGUGAUGAGGAUUUCAAAUCACCACUCCACAAAGCCGCCUGGAACUGUGAUCAUGUCCUACUGCAUAUGCUGCUGGAGGCAGGAGCAGAAGCAAACAUCAUGGAUGUCAAUGGCUGUGCACCCCUACAGUAUAUCAUCAAAGUGACAUCUGUGCGGCCAGCUGCUCAGCCAGACAUCUGCUACCAGCUGCUACUGAAUCAUGGAGCAGCCAGGAUAUACCCUCUGCAAUUCCACAAGGUGCUACAAGCCUGCCAUUCCCACCCCAGAGCUGUGGAGGUAGUCGUCAACUCCUAUGAACACAUCAAAUCAACGUCGAAGUGGAAAGCAGCCAUACCUGAGGAUGUCUUGGAGCAGCACCAGGAUUUCUAUGACUCUUUGUUCACUGUGUGCAGCAAUUCACCACGGUCACUGAUGCACUUAUGCAGAUGUGCUAUUCGGGCAAUACUGUCAGAAAGGUGCCAUCGAGAAGUCCCCUUGCUCUCCAUCCCUCUGUCCAUGAAGAAGUACUUGCUGCUGGAACCAGAAGGAAUCAUCUACUGA